GUCCAUCCAAUAUUGUCUCAAUUGAGUCUGAAGAACAGUUCAAUACUUCACUUCGCAAAGUACAAGAUGAAUCUUUGCCUGCAAUAUUCUACUUUACUGCUGUCUGGUGUGGACCCUGCAGGCUGUUAUCUCCAGUAAUUGGCCAAUUGAGUGAGAAAUAUCCUCAUGUGACAACAUAUAAAGUUGACAUUGACAAGGAGGGGCUUGGAAAUGCAUUGAGCAAGUUGAACAUUCACUCUGUGCCUACAUUACACUUCUUUCAAAAUGGGAAGAAAACAUCUGAAGUUAUUGGUGCUGACGUUCAACGCUUGAAAGAUACCAUGGAAGAGCUCUACAAAUGAUUUUUACCUUGAAACAAUUCAUGUCUGUGUUGAAGCUGAUAUCAGGUCUGGUUCUACAAACAGUAACUCUGGCGUUUUGAACUUUUAUAGUUUCAGUAAUCAUUCCUAAAAUUUAAGUAUGCUCAAAUGUAAUGUUAUCUGGUGCUGAUUGUUAUAUUUUGGUUUCCCCCGAAAGCUUGUUGUUCACAAGGCAAAAUGGCAUCUCUUUUUCACAGCAAUUCGUUACA